AUGAUGAGGCUGUUUGUGUUAUUCGUGUCUACCCUCAUAACUGGGGUAUUCCCCGAUGAACAUAAUCAUGUGUAUGAUGUUGCAGAGGAGGUGGUUCUAUGGAUGAAUACUAUUGGACCAUAUCAUAAUCGUCAAGAAACUUAUGGAUACUUUACUUUGCCUUUUUGUCGUGGACCUAAAACUUCCAUUGAACAUGCACAUGAAACGUUGGGUGAAGCUUUACAAGGAACCGAACUUCAAUAUAGUGGAGUAGAUAUUCGAUUUAAAAUUAACAAACCUAAAUCAACCAUGUGUGAAAUUGAAGUGAAUCAAGAGGUUUAUUCGGCACUUAGUAAAGCAAUUGAACAACAAUAUUGGUAUCAAAUGUAUUUGGAUGAUUUACCAAUUUGGGGUGUUGUAGGAGAGUUAAACAAAGAUGGUUAUCCUAGUAUUUGGACACAUAAAGAAUUAGAAAUUGGUUAUAAUGAAAAUCAAAUUGUUUUUGUCAAUUUAGCUAAUGGUGAUUUGACUCCAUUAAAACCUAAUACUAAAAUUGCAUUCUCAUAUAAGGUUCGAUGGGUUCAAUCGGCGAUAGAAUUCAGUGAUCGAUUUGACAAGUAUUUGGAUUAUGAAUUCUUUGGACAUAAAAUUCAUUGGUUUUCAAUUUUUAAUUCAUUUAUGAUGGUCCUAUUUCUUGUUGCAUUGGUUUGCAUGAUUUUAAUGCGAACAUUACGACGUGAUUAUGCAAGAUAUAAUAAAGAAGAUGGUUUAAGUGAUUUGGAUCGUGAAUUAGGCGAUGAAUAUGGUUGGAAACAAGUACAUGGUGAUGUGUUCCGUUCACCACCGCAUGCAUCAUUGCUAGCUAGUUUAAUUGGAACCGGAAUUCAUAUUGCCUUCGUCUCGUUUUUAGUGUUAUUUUUAGCACUAACUAAUAAAUUGUAUACAGAACGUGGCAGUUUCAUUUCUACUGCAAUAUUUGUUUUUGCUGCCACUUCACCAAUCAAUGGAUUAGUUGGUGGUAGUCUAUAUGCACGUAUGUCUGGUAAACGUUGGAUACGUCAAUUUCUUAUGGGUGCUACACUUUUACCAUUAUUAAUAUGUUGUUCAGCAUUUCUUGUUAAUCUUGUCGCUAUUUAUUAUCGUACAAGUCGUUCAAUACCAUUUUUGACAAUGCUUGCUGUCACUUCUAUUAUAUUAUUUAUAAUUAUUCCAUUAAAUUUAGUUGGUACUGUAUUAGGAAGAAAUUUAUUUGGGAUAGCUAAUUUCCCAUGUCGUGUAAAUCCAGUACCGAAGCCGAUUCCAGAAAAGAAAUGGUUUAUGGAACCGUUAUUUUUAAUUAUUGCUAGUGGUUUACUACCGUUUGGAUCAAUUUUUAUUGAAUUGUAUUUUGUCUUCACAUCAUUUUGGGCGUAUAAAAUUUAUUUUGUUUUUGGCUUUACUUUACUCGUUCUAUUUCUUCUAAUUGCUGUGACUACAUCAGUUACUGUUGUGGGCACUUAUUUCUUGUUGAAUUCUGAAGAUUAUCGUUGGCAAUGGACAAGUUUCCUAUCUGGUGCAUCAAUCACAAUUUAUGCUUAUUUAUAUUCGAUUUAUUAUUAUUUUUUCAAAACUAAAAUGUUUGGUCUGUUUCAGACUACUUUCUAUUUCAGUUAUAUGGCAUUAUUCUGCUUAUGUAUAGGGAUACUAUGUGGUUCAGUUGGAUACAUUGCUGCAAAUCGUUUUGUUCGUAAAAUCUAUUCAAUUGUCAAAGUGGAUUAAAAAAAAUGCUUCAUUUGUGUAUUCACAACACCCCGAUUGUUCUUUGUUUUUUCUGUAUGUCUGUGUGUGUGUCUAAAAGUUCUAUAAAGGUGGUUAUUAUUGCGCUGAAACUGUGAUCAUUACUAUUAUUAUUAUCAUUAUUAUUAUUCUCAGUGUUUUUUUCUUUCUCCUUCCUUGUUUUCUCUUCUUUGUGUAUGUUUUUCUGUUAUUUCAAAUGAAAAUAAUCAUUUCAGUGCUUUAUUUCUUGAUAUUUAGCACUGUUUCCACUACACCCCCCCACUCCGACAAAAAAUUAAACACUUGACAGUAGUAGGAUAGGUAGUCGUCGUCGUCUUCGUUGACUUGUAUUUGGAAAUUCUCCCCCCCCCCAAUUCUCUUUUACACUACAAUUCAUCAUAAUUAUGUUGUUGUUUGUUGUUGUUGUCUUCUCUCUCUUCUUCACUUCAUUGAAUUGUACUAUUUUGUUUUUGUGUUUUUUUGUGACUGACACAUUGUAAAAAACAAUGACUACUACUACUACUACUUGAUCAAGAACACAAGUAUUUUAUUGUGUGUGUCUAUGUGUAUGUAUAUCUUGACGAAAAUGAGCUUCUCAUGUGUGCUUGUGUUCAUCUUUAAAAUGAUAUUAUUUGUUUGUCUGAUUAAUUAUUAUCUAAUGAUGAUAUUUGUGUAACUGGGGUUUCACUGAUUUCGAACGAUCAACUCAUGUGUUAAUGCAAGAAAUGUUUUUGAACAAAAGAUGUUUUAUAAUGCCAUUCAAUAAUUUCUAAUAUUUCUCUCUUUCUCUUUCAAUUUUAUUCAUAAUUUCGGGACUUGUAUAUCAUUCCAUUGUAUCACUCACUAUAGUGUUUUGCAAUUGUUAUUUUUUCUUGUGUGUAUGUGUGUCACUUUGAUGCUUUAAAAUAAGUAGCUUCUAUUAGGUUUCUUCAAUUUGUCUAGUGUUUACAAAAAAGAAAAGAAACGGGUCUCCAUUGUGUUGUAUGGUUGGUUACAUGUAUCGAAAUAAAGUUAGGUAAUCCGUAGGAUA